AUGGCCGCGCGCCCCGGGCCGCUCUGGCUGCUGGGCCUGGCGCUGUGCGCGCUGAGCGGCGGCGGCGCCUCUGGCCCGCGCCCCUCGCCCGGCUGCCCGCAACGGCGCCUGGGCCCGCGCGAGCGCCGCUACCUGCAGCGCGAGAUCCUGGCGGUGCUCCGGCUGCCCGGGCGGCCCCGGCCCCGCGCGCCGCCCGCCGCCGCCCGGCUGCCCGCGUCCGCGCCGCUCUUCAUGCUGGACCUGUAUCGCGCCAUGGCCGGCGAGGGCGACGAGGACGGCGCGACCCCCGAGCGGCGCCUGGGCCGCGCCGACCUGGUCAUGAGCUUCGUCAACAUGGUGGAGCAGGACCGCACCCUGGGCCGCCAGGAGCCCCAGUGGAAGGAGUUCCGCUUUGACCUCACCCAGAUCCCGGUGGGGGAGGCCGUCACGGCCGCGGAGUUCCGGAUUUACAAGCUGCCCAGUACCCACCUGCUCAACUGGACCCUCCACAUCAGCAUGUUCGAGGUGGUCCUGGAGCAGUCCAACAGGGAGUCUGACUUGUUCUUUUUGGAUCUUCAGACGCUCCGAUCUGGGGACGAGGGCUGGCUGGUGUUGGACGUGACAGCAGCCAGUGACCGCUGGCUCUUGAACCGUAGCAAGGACCUGGGACUCCGCCUCUAUGUGGAAACAGAUGAUGGGCGCAGCGUGGAUCUUGGCCUGGCCGGUCUGCUGGGGCAACAGGCACCGCGCUCCAAACAGCCUUUCGUGGUCACCUUUUUCAGGGCGAGCCCCGGCCCCGUCCGAGCCCCUCGGGCGGUGAGGCCCCUGAAGAGGAGGCUGCCGAAAAGAACCAACGAGCUGCCGCCCCCAAACAAACUGCCGGGGAUCUUCGACGACGUCCACGGCUCCCACGGCCGACAGGUGUGCCGUCGGCAUGAGCUCUAUGUCAGCUUCCGGGACCUUGGCUGGCUGGACUGGGUCAUCGCCCCCCAAGGCUACUCAGCCUAUUACUGUGAAGGGGAGUGCUCCUUCCCACUGGACUCCUGCAUGAACGCCACCAACCACGCCAUCCUGCAGUCACUGGUGCACCUGAUGAAGCCUGAGGCGGUGCCCAAGGCGUGCUGCGCGCCCACCAAGCUGAGCGCCACCUCCGUGCUCUACUACGACAGCAGCAACAACGUCAUCCUGCGCAAGCACCGCAACAUGGUGGUCCGCGCCUGCGGCUGCCACUGAGGCCCCGCCC